CUACCAGCUCUGGAGUAACCAUUGACCCUGGGAAGGCACACUAGCCGAACGCGUUAGAUAACUAGCACUUGGAUAACUACGUCAAGCAGAAAAUCGACACCCAUCGAAACUCCGAGUCAUGCCCAUCUUGCCAUUGCCCACGACGAUGCCAACUAUAGCGCCGCGCCUACGAACCCGAAUAUGCGAGAACAGCAGACGGUGGUUUUCGGCCAGCUAUCGCAAGCAGGAGGUUCUUUCUAUCCACCAACUGCCGGAGCGAAUCCGCCCCACGUACACUAAACGAAGCGAUAGUAAACUCCUCUCGCUACAAUGGGAGCAGGAGCCCCGGAAUGUCAUGAUCAUCCGGAAACCGGGGGUCGCGGCGGUCGGCGACGCAGUGGUUGAAUUCGCACAACAUCUCAAAGCUACGUACCCCUCGACGAACAUCAUCCUCGAGCCGACGGUCGCCGCGAAUCUGCACUACCGUCUGCCCUUCCCCGUGUUCGCGAUCCCUCCCCCGUCACGAUCGACGCCGUUCCCGUUCACCCAGUCCACAUACCCCCGCACACCGCACCACUACCAGUACCCGCGCAUCCGCCCGGCCGGAUACGACUCCGAGCCGGGAGAGGGGGACGGCAAUGACGGGGCCGCAGCGGGGCCCGAAUCCUUCGCCUCCGUCGAGCUGCAGACGAAUCCGUACCAUCGGAAAACCGACAUCCUCGUGACGCUGGGCGGCGACGGCACGAUACUCCACGCGGCAUCGCUCUUCUCCACCAGCCGCGCUGUGCCGCCGGUCCUGGCGUUCGCCAUGGGCACGCUCGGAUUCCUGGGGGAAUUCAAAUGGGCCGAAUACAAGGCGGCAUUUGCGGCGCUGCGGGGCUCGAACGCCAGUAGUAGUACUACCGAAACCUCGCCGUCCUCCACCGUCCGCGUGCUCCAGCGGAACCGGUUGAAGGCCGGCGUGUUCGGCGCAAACGGGGAAAGGAUCGGCGGCGAGUGGGGCGAGUACGAGGGCAUCGAGGAUGCGCACGCCAUGAACGAGCUGUCCAUCCACCGGGGCCGAGAGCCGCACCUGGCGAUCCUCGAGGUGUACAUCGACUCGCAUUUCCUGACGGAGGCGGUGGCCGACGGGAUCAUCGUGUCGACGCCGACGGGGUCCACCGCGUACUCGCUCUCUUCCGGCGGCAGCAUCCUGCAUCCGUCCGUGCCGUCGCUGCUGCUGACCCCCAUCUGCCCAAGGAGUCUGAGUUUCCGCCCGCUCGUGCUGCCGGAGGACGCAAAGAUCACGCUGAAGCUGAGCGAGAGGAAUAGAGGUAGGGAGGUCGAGGUCAGUGUGGACGGCAGGAGGUGGGGCGGGCUGGGCCCCGGACAAGAGGUCAGGGUGUGGUUGGAGUCGCUGGCGAAGGGGAGCGGCGAAGGCGGGAUUCCUUGCGUUAAAAGGCUAGGGACGCCCUCGGCGGGGGAUGGUUGGGUCGGCGGCCUGAACGGGUUGCUGAAGUUUAACUAUCCCUUCGGAGAGGAGGAGUAGCUGCUGCGGUAACAUCCAAAACAUCUCGUUACUGCCAGAUGCACUGCAGGUGUGCGUGCACGUAUGUAUAUACCGUGAGCUCGAUUAUCUAGAAGAUGACCCAUUAGGGCUUUUUUACGAGUUUAUAAGGACCACC